GGUGGUGGGGAAACGAUGGACGAGGUGCUGGCGCAGAUCAGCGAGGGGUUCCGGCUCGCCGGCGAGCUCAUGUCGGAGCUCGCGGCGACCCAGAACGACCCGGCCUACCUGGCCGCGCGCUGCCACGCCAUUGCCGAGGCGUACAGCGCCGCCGUGCGCACGCUGCAGGCGCGGCACGGCGGCGAGGGUGGCGGCGGGGGAUACCUGCAGCAGCAGCAUCAGCAGCAGAGCCACCGCCCGCAGCUGGACCUCCUCCGCAUGUGCGGCCCGGCGCCGGACGACGCCACCGCCGCCAUCCCGUUCCUCGGCGCCCCUCCGCACCACAAUCCGUUCCGCGCGCCGUCCGACGCGUACGGCGCCGGCGCCGGCACGUCUGGCGGGCCGGUGAGGCGGAUGUCGUCGUCGUCGUCGCGGUCGCCGCCGUCGCCGGUCCAGCCGCGCCAGGGCGGCGGCGGCAGGAGGAGGAGGGAGAGCGGGGAGAAGGUGAGGGUGAUGGUGGCGGCGCAGAGGACGGGCAACACGGAGCUGCCUCCCGACGACGGCUACACAUGGCGAAAGUACGGCCAGAAGGACAUCCUCGGCUCCAGAUACCCCAGGAGCUACUACCGGUGCACUCACAAGAACUACUACGGGUGCGAGGCCAAGAAGAAAGUGCAGCGGCUGGACGACGACCCCUUCACCUACGAGGUCACCUACUGCGGCAGCCAUAGCUGCCUCACCUCCACCACGCCGCUGCUCACACUCCCCGCCGCCGCCGCCGCUACUUCGGUGGCAAACUCUCCGGCCGCCGUGACCACUGCCGCCGUCCUCGGCCAGGACCUCGUCAUGGCGCCCGCCGCCGAGCAGGCGCCGGUCCGGCCGGCGGGACCGCCGCUGUCCACGUCCAUCCACCUCGGCAUCAGCUGGCCGAUGACGCCGGCCAGCCUCACCGGGGUGGGCGAGGGGAGCAGCACCAGCACCGCGCCGCAGGUGAACAUGGCCACGGCCGCCGCCGCCGCUGGUGGUGGGGUAGCAGCAGCUAGGGACACGGACCAUUACCCGGUGGCGGACCUCGCCGACGUCAUGUUCAACUCCGGCGGCAGCAGCAUCAUGGACAGCAUAUUUUCCUCUCACGAUCGACGUGACAACUAGAUAUGAUCAACAACACAAGGAUCGAUAUGGAUCAUUGGGUCGAAUAUAUUCUCAUGUCAUUAAUUAGCUCUCGUACGUUUGAUUUUUGUUGCUUGUUUAACUUAAUUGGUGUAUUUAGGCGCAGGCACAUACAUGGUGCAUGUAGAUCAAUGUUCAAGAUUUUGCUGUUAUGUAGACACUUAAAUUAGAUCGCUUAACUGAUUAAUUAGUUUAAUUUCAUCAUAUAUAUGCAUGGCGAUGCCAUGAUAAUAAAAGGGCUUGCACCAAUUGUAGUUUUGGUGAGCCUAGUAGAUGUAUGAUAUUGGUUGUAAGCUCCAUGUGUAGAUAUAUAGCAUAGUAUAACGAAA